GAAAAUUUGGGAUUAGGACAUAGAAGUAAGAAAUCCCAAGAACGCCCUCUUUUUUGGGCACCAGUGUGGGACCCAUUCUAUUCGUUCCUUUUCUAUUUCUCUGCUGUGUCAAUGGAGAAGGGAACCGAUACUGGGAUACGGAUUACUCUUUAGUCCUCUCCAAUAUCUUGUCCCAAGUCUCUUCUUCAACCUUCUCUCUCGCUUUUCCUUCCCUUCCGUACAACAAUGUCGAAAUUGAACCCCGCUGCCAAGGAAUAUUUCCCUGUCACCUCCCGACCAUACAUGCCGAACAUCCUUCAUCGGAAUCUCGGAUGUCCGCCGCAGGCGGCGGCGAGGACCGCGCACGGUUUCUGCACCCCGCGCACUGUCGGGGUCAUCCAACGCACUCCCUGCUUCGGGUAUUUCACCGGCGGCGUUGUGGCCGUCCGUAAAGAGGCGGCGCGGGCAUUCUCGAAGAAGAAAAAGAACCUCAAGGCCUUUGUCUUGCCGCCGAGGUUGCAGGAGAAGCUGAGAAAUCUAGACAUUAGUGGGAAGGUUGAAGGCAAGAUUUGGAGACCCGUCAAGGCCUCCGGCAGGGCAACCGGCGGCGUCGUCGAUGAAUCGCUGUCCCCGGCGACGGGGAAGACUACGGUGAUGAUCAAGAACGUCCCGAACCAAUACCGGCGGGACAGUUUCAUGGCCUUCAUCGACAAGCACUGCGCCGAGAGCCACCUCUCCUAUGACUUUCUCUACCUCCCCAUUGACUUCAAGACGAAGAACAAUGUUGGCUAUGCCUUUGUGAACUUCACAACGGCCGCGGGAGCUGCCAAGAUACGCGAGCUUCUGAGGUUUUACCAGUGGGGUGAAGUGAAGAUUGGGUCUGGCAUCUUCAAUUCCAGAAAGAUCUGUGAAAUCACCUGGGCACGAAUCCAGGGUAAGGAGGAGCUGGUUAAACAUUUUGAGAAAUCAAACUUUAUCUGCGGCACGGCGGACUAUCUGCCGGUGGCAUUCUCCCCGCCCCGAAAUGGCAUGCCGGGAGGAUCAUGGCAUGCUUGCAUACCGCGGCAAGAGGUCAGGCCUAGUGCGCCUCUUCCGUGGGCCCGUCUAGGAGCCCUCGGGAUCCAACGGGUUUCACAUACCGCGACAAGAGGUGGAGACUCUGCCAUUAGCCGGAAGAAAUGGACCAGUGGAAUCUCCAUCAAUAAGGUCAUAGUUCCCCAUCAACCUGAAGAUAAGAAGUUAAAAAUUGAACCCAUUACCUUUUCAAAUGCGGAUUUGACAGAGACAUGGGUCCCCCAUCCAUAUGGGGUCAUCACUAUUGAUAUCAUGGACUUACUGAUCCACAAGACACUAGUGGAUAUGGGAAGUUCUAUGAACAUCAUGUAUAUGGAUACAUUCAAGGCCCUAGGGUUAACCCAGGAAUAGUUGUUUCUAGUCAAGACUCUUUUGACGGGGUUCAUCGAAGACUCCAUAGAACCGGGGGGUAUCAUCACCUUACCUGUAGAGGCAGGAGAUGUUAUUCGUUGUGCCCACGCCUUAGAGGGGGGGGGAGUGAAUAAUGCGUUGGAAAACUU